AUGGCCACCACCGUCCGCUCCAUCCGCUCCCUCAUUCCCCUCCUCGACCGCGUCCUCGUCCAGCGCGUCAAGGCCGAGACCAAGACCGCCUCGGGCAUCUUCCUCCCCGAGUCCAGCGUCAAGGAGCUCAACGAGGCCAAGGUCCUCGCCGUCGGUCCCGGCCUCCUCGGCAAGGAUGGAAAGAGGCUGCCUAUGGGUGUUGCCGCUGGCGACAGGGUGUUGAUUCCUCAGUUCGGUGGUUCCCCCGUCAAGGUCGGUGAGGAGGAGUACCAACUCUUCCGAGACAGCGAAAUUCUCGCCAAGAUCAACGAGUAA